GUGCGCGUGUGCGCAGCCAGUGAAUAAUAUUAUUACGAUAUCGUAUUCUUGUAUACUCUAUCAACAUAUCCGAUUCAUUCGUACAAUUUAGGAAUAGUACUAUUUUUUUUUGCUAUACGUGACGCGCACCAUCACAAGUCGUUCUUACGUUAUGACAUUGUGAAAUUAAAAACAUGCGGAAAGAAAAAAGUGAUUUAAACUUUCGUCCGAAUACAUUGAAUGAAAAUAAACGUGUACUUUGUGAAUUAAGGAAUCGUACCAAGAUCGACCGCAAAAAUGUCCACGAGACAACCAAACUUAUAACGAAAUUCAAUGAAAAAAAUGCUCUACGCAUUUCGAAAAAUGCUAAAGCAUCACUUGGUACAAAACAGGAAAAAACCCAAAUGGAAAAUCUCUAUGGAUCCAAAGACGGAUUUCCUGCAGGAUCGUGGUGGGGAAUCCGAAUGGACUGUGCGAGAGACGGUGUUCACAAGCCCUUCAACGAAGACAUUCAAGAGGGUCCUUUUGGCGCAGUUUCAUUAUGCACAUCGCAUCUAAACAUGUACAAUGACGUAGAUCUUGGGGAUUUUUUAACGUUCACAGCAAACCAAUUCCCAUGCGAGAAACAGUGCGUUCAUCCUCUUCUACAAAAUUAUCAGAACCAAUUACCUCUAAGGCUUGUGAGAAGUUACAAUCUCACAAACGAUUACGCGCCAAAAACAGGCUAUCGAUACGACGGCCUAUACACAGUCGCGGCUUGCUGGAUCGGAGUCAAUUCAGAAUCAGAAAAGUAUUACAAAUUUGCCCUCGCGAGGCUGCCGUUCCAAGAACCCCCGACGUGGAAACUGUCUCGAAAAUCUAACUCUCAAACGAGUAACUGCAAAGCUCGUAGUACUGACAAAUCAGCGAAUCAUCAUUUGAAAGAAGCGCAGAACAAUGUAAACGACGAAGAAUCUAUAAAGAAUUAUCGACAUAGAUCGUUGAUGACCAAGUGCUCGUUAGAAAAACCAAAUAUUUCCAAACGCAAAAGCACGAUAGUCGAGAGAUGUAUAUCAAAAAAGCCUGACGGACAAUCCUUCGGGAGCAUGGUCUCUGUACCCUACACCGAAUCCCUGGCCAGCAGUAACCGUCUCUCUGACAACAAUUCUUCAAAUUCGCCCGUCGCCAGAUUUCAAAGUACCAAUAUUUCGAUACGUACGGAACUUUACGAUUCGUCGAACAUCGUCAAUCAGGAUACAAAAAAAAAUAUACCCAUGACUUUUUGCCGUACUUACAAAAAUUCAAGCUUGCCAGCCCUUCCGAUCAAUCUCUCGAACGUCGUCAAUCUGAAUCUCAACAGCUGCGGGUCUUGUCUGAAAGACAAUGCUCAGGAAUCACUUAUUCAGUCACGCUCGGGAAUCCCCAAAUUUUCUAGUGAUCGGCCCUCGAGCUCGGAUCAUGUUGGGGAUCGAUCAACUCCGAAAAUAACGACGAUAGAGGUCAAAUCAAAUUUCGAUAAUAACCGAAUUUCUAGCCCGACGAUAAACCAUACGAAAAAUGAUGGAACCGUUGACGAUUCUAAUCGAUCGACGCCAGAUAAUGGCCUCGGAGAAGAGCAGAUUGAGAUUGCAAAUCCGGCGGAAACAGCGCCUGAAGUCGAUGCUCAAAUCACGAGUAAUAACCGUAACGAAGAUCAGGAAAACGUUCAAACGCACACGCCCGAUGAAGCGAAAUCUUCGGAAGAACUCGAUAAUUUAACAAUAUCGAAGAACGAUAUAGUUUCGAAGGAAAUUCACACAGAUCUCGAUUCUCUGACGCCUGAUCAGAUGUUGAAUUUCAUUGUCAAACAAAAGUAUCAUCCGCGAGCAAAAUUGUUGAUCGGAAGUGUGAUCGGAUUGGCCACCGGGGAAUCAACGAUAUUGAGAGCUUACGAGUCACUUAUGUCGCGAAAAGAUCGUUGGUCUCAGGAGAAAAAUACAAAAUUGGCAAAAAACGAUAAAGAUAAGGGGCAGGGAACAGAAAAAAAAUUGGCGAUCGUCGACUCUCGCGAUUACAGAAAUGUGAGUAAAAAUUCUGCAAGCAUGGAACGUAGCAAAGAAAUAAAAAUGUCAAAAAGUCUCCCGAGCAGUAGAGUUUUGAGAGGCAACAAAGAUCGUCUUAUGAGAAAAAUGACACUGCGUAGAACGAGAGUUUCAAAAAGGCUCACAGGGACCGAGGCAAAGUCUAAUCCGAAGAAUCUCAGAGGAAAAACAUCGAAGAGCUUAAUAAAAUCGAAACGUUUGGAAGUCAAAUCGCAGCAGCAAUUUUCCAAGUCAACGAUACUUAAAAAAUCGCAGAAACGCGUUAAAAAACGACGCGGGGAACUGGCGAAUCUGGUAAUCGACGCGAAUAUUGGACCGUUGAUUCGUGGACCACGAAACCGGAGAUUACGUUGUAAGAGUCAUAUUUUUUCUAAAAACAUACACGAAAAUGGUAACGUACCAAGUUGUUGUGCCAAAAAAGUGACGGACGUCACGAGAGGCGGUAAGAAAGAAUUAAGGAGGGACGAGUUGUCAAUAAGAAAAGCCAAAGUUUCCAGGAUGAAAGGGCAGAUUACCGAGUCUCGUUUUGUUGAUACAAACAAAAAAGUGCUGCUGCACGAGACCGACGAAAAUCGUUCCAGCGAAGCUAGAGUCCAAAACAAUUUUCCGGAUAAAUUAUUGGUAAAAAAUAUAAAGCUAGGAGAGGAAAAGUAUAGCGAGGAGCGAUCAGCGAGAGGAGAAAAGAGAAAACUACCACGUGCUCGUAGCUUAAGCCGAGAGGCGAGAAAAUCCAGCGGAUUUGAUAAAACGAUGUGCAAAAAUUUGCGGGACAAAAAGAUCGGAACGGUGAAAGUAAAAAUGAUGGAUGUUGCGACGCAGUGUUCAGCGUCGUGCAGGGACGUGACGACGUGGAUCGAUCGUGAAACGUUCAACAAUCGCUUGAAUCUCAUGAAAAUCGAAUGGAUCGACGUCGACGAUGUAAAGUCCGAAAUAUUCCAGAACGACGAUGACGUUAGUGAGGAAAACUCGGUGCACGAGGCGAGCAUCGACAUCCUGCAGGAAAGCAGCCAAGUUUCACCGAUGGAACCAGAGUACGGGACGACAUCUCAGACUGACGAAAGUCCCUUGACAUUCGGACAAGGAUUAUCAGCAUUUGUUCCUGUAAAUACAUCGGAUGGAGAUUUCAGAAUAGCCCGAUUAAGGUCGAUAGGUUUCAAGCCUAUUCGACCGGACGGUAUAUUCGACGACGAAAAAUCUAAGCCAAACGAGUACAACAAAGAUUGUCCGAGCACAAGCACCGAGAAUUUGUUCGAACAGUCAUCGAUAACGGUGCGCGAAGUUGAUGAAUUAUUCAACAAGUAUACCAGCGAAGAAACUACUUCGGUUGCUUACAUGGACCACGAACUCCGUUAUCAAGAUAUCGAGAACGAGGAGAGAAUAUUCUCUAGUAAAAAUCGUCGGGUUUACGCUACAGCAAAACGAGGAAGGAGAGUAACUAGAAUGAGAAAUGAUAAAAUAGGCAUAAUCGAGGGUACGAGAGAUCAGAAGGGUUCGACGAACGAAGAAGAUUCCGACACGCCUUGGCAUGGUUGGAAAAAGAAUGUUCAAAAUAAGCAAGCCCAGUGGAUCGGCUGGUAACCGUUCUCUCCGUACGACACACAGCAGAGCAUCGUUAUUUUGUUAUAAAUUAAAUGCAUAUACUUAAAUAUAUAUAUAUAUAUAUAUAAUUGUAGAGAAAUCUGUGAUUAUCAGCGGGUUAAGAAAAAAUUUUAUAUAGCCAGAAAAAAUUAGAGAUAUUGAUUUUUGAAGAUGUUACCGAUAACGGCCACAUUACGCUAGAUUUCCGUAACUCUGUUUUUUUUAGGUAAGAGUCUCGCCACCGCCACGUUUGAAAAAUAAUUCUUCGUUCGUUAUUCAAGCUUGGAUAUAACUUGCAGAAAAAUCUAAUAUUAAUUUCAAUGAUGAAUGUUGAACGGAAAGAUCAGAGUUUCCAAAAUCACCUAGUUUCUCUAUCUAACCCAAAAUAGGAGGUUCGGGGAGCCGGUUUUUGCACUGCGGUGCUAAAAUUAAAGUUACAAUAUCUUUGGGGCUAGUAAGUGGUCAAAAUGCUUGUAAUUUUUAGCAAACUUCCGUCGUAUGCUUCUUGUUGAAUGACAUUGAAGAAAAAAAUCUAUUGAAAACUAUUGAGUUAUUGCGUAAAACGUGAAAUUUUAUGUCCCUUUUCACGUUAUUUCAUGUAAAACUGUGCAAUCUUUGAUUGACAGUAUCUCGGAUAUCGAAGCAGUGUUUACAAAACUGCUUUGGCGAGACCGUAUUUUAACUUUUGUGUAGCACAAGUAAAAGUUUAUUAAAAAUUUCUGUAGACUUCGGUCGAUCUCUGUUGACGCAAAAUGAAAUUUAGCAUUUAUAUAUAGAUAUAUAAAUAUGUUUCCAUGAAAUUGAGAUAAAAAUAUUUAUUUGACAAAUACAGACUAUUUUCUUUUUGAAAAUGUUUUCACACGAGCCAAAAAAAUACGACAUUCGAACGUUACGUGCCCAGUAAUAGGCCGAGUAGAAUGUACCGUCGAAAUUUGCGAGACUUUUCAGUAUUUAGGCUCUGAAUUACACGGUGAAUGACGAUCUUGUUUCUUUUCUCCUUAAUUCAAUACAGUAAAACCAGCUUAUUAACCAGAACUCACCUCGGUGCUGAGAUUCGAAACUGAGCGCAGAGCUUUCUCACCGGAUAGGAAAAGUAUUUAUAAAUAAACAUAACAUAUAUAUUUCAGUGUGUACCUCGAUGGAAGUGAAAUAAAAUUUUGUAUGAAUUUUUACAAUAUACGAUAAAUUUGGAGCUUAUCUCGAUUUUGUUUGUUUUUUUUCUUUGCUUUUGUUAUAGGGCUCGGGUGAGAAAACAUGAACAGCACCCGGAUAUAUUAGUUUUCUUUUAGUGUUUUGUUUCUUCAUCAUCGAACGUAAAUCACUGCUGUGUGUCGAAGGGACACGAUGCUUGGCAAAAAAACUUAUUUCAUCUUUUUUCGAUUAAUCAUUAAAUACAAUCUACUAUAUUAACGAUAUAUACAUAUAUUUAUAUAUAUUUUGUUUCAAUAGGACGCGAAGGUAUAGUUGAGUGGCUCGAAGCUGAAGUUACGUAUCAUUUUUUCGUUCUUCCUGUCUUUUCAUCGACCAAUCGAUAAUUUUGUAUAUCUCUUUUUUCGUGUACAUACGGCAGUAGUCGACGCUUGGAUUUUUUUCACGUCAAAAAAACAAUCGACUGCUAAUGACGAGUGUAUCGUAGCUCGUGGAAAUGAAUAAUAAAUAUUUUCAAAUUCGAGAAGAGAACAAAACCCAGUAAGCUCGAUCGAACUCGUUGAAUUAACGUACACAUUUGUUUUUUAAAAAAGCGUACUAUGCAAAUCGUGAGAAACUUUGAGACGUAUCGAUUAAUAUGAUUAAUUACAAUUAAGUACGAAUGAUGUUUGUACAAGUAUUAAAAUAAUUAUAACGCUCUUUACGUAAAGAAAUAUGAGAAAUGGGAAAAAAAUAAUAUUACCGAAGGAAAAAUUCUUCACGAUCUUUUGUAAAUAGCAGACGUGUACUGUAUACCGUUCAGAAUUACUAGUGAAAUAAGCUUAGAGUUUAACGUGUGGAACAAUGGCGAAAAAAUCGGUAUGCAAAAUAAUGAAAACAGCGUAAAAAAUGGUGCGUGAGCGUUAAUAAAAAAUAUCUUCUACGCUAUUCUUGUAUUCGUGUAACAUAAUUCAUAUGUAUUUAACAUGAAUAAAAACGUCACGAUUUUUAUGAUGAUAA